AUGAAGUCAGCAGUCAAAAGAAGAAAACUUACUUCAACUACUAAUAGUCAAGAAAUGAAACUAUCCAAAAAGAUUGAAGCUGAACUGAAAUCUAAAUUGAAUGCUACAAAUGUAAGUAUCAUUAAAUUAACAUACAGUAUGAAUUCUAUUUAACAUUUGUAUAGAAUUUCCUAUAGUUUAAAUGAAAUAUUGUUUAAGGACAUAUUUGUCAGGAAUUUUAGCCAGACAGCAGCUACUUUAAAAAUCAUACUUUCUACAUUACCCCUGUAGUUUGCAAAAUAUAUAAAUAUAUUUCAUGAAUUCAGCCAUCUAUUUCUUCGGUUGGGCCUGAUACUUUAAAAAUUUAUGUUUGUGAUGUUACUCUGAGCGUAUCCACACCAGGCAAGCUGAAAAAUCAACUGGACUGCGGCGGGAGUCGAACCCACAACCUUUGGUUUGCUAGUCCAAUGCUCUACCAACUGAGCUACGAGGUCGAGUCGGUUCGAGUGUAUAACACCAUAUUACAUAAAAAUUCACUUUAAAAAUUAUUAAACUUUUAAGGUGCUCAUAGUAUAUUAGUAAAUACUAUUGAUGAAGACUCAGUCCAUUAUUUUUAUUAAAGGAAAUGGAAAGGACAAUUGAGGAAAAGUAUUUUAGUGAUGAUGACGAAGAUUAUCAGUAUGAAGACAGACAUGAGGUGUGUUAGAAGUGUCAACAUUUGGAUCAAUUCCAUUUAUCAUUUUAUUUCUUAUUAUUUGAUCACAAAACAGUAAGUAGUUUCAUGCCGUACUGUAGUUCCCGGGACACCAGCAGUUCUUCCAAGAGGUUCACCAGCAGCAGGACAAUGAGGACCAGUGUUGCCAGUCCUUGGUCGGAACCUUGGUGGUGGUGACCUUAUUUUAUGUUAUGGGCUAUUACAUAAUUUGUAGUGCAGUUGUUAUACUCAGUUAAAAUUUUCAUUUUGUUGUGUAUUUUAGGAAACAGCACUUAGAAAAAAAGUUUGUGCUCUUGAAAAGAAAAAUAAAAUGCUGCAGGAACAAAACCAACACCUAAACAAGAUGCUUCAGAACCAAAAGAGUAUGUUUUCUUUUUGUUUCCAGUUAGUGCAAGCUUUUUCACCAUAAUUGUUGACACAACAUCAGUGGUUAUUAAGUUGUGGUUCCUGGUUAUUCACAUUUUUUUUAUCAUUGCCAUUAAAGGUAUACAGGAUGUUUUAAAUGCUGUUAAGGCUAUUGAAGAAAAAUUAAUGCAGGAUAACAGCACUUCUCUGCAUGUGCCAGCAACACCUUUCACAGUAUUGAAGACACCAGUACAGGAUCGAAUGUCGCCAUCAUCUUCGCGGUCUGCAACAGCAACAUUCUCGCCAUCACCACUGACUUCGCGGUCACCAUUGCUGUCACAGUCACCAUCAUCAUCGCGGUCACCAUCGCUGUCGCAGUCGCCAUCAUUGUCGCAGUCGCCAUCAUUGUCCCGGUCAGCAUUGAUGUCUCGGUCACCAUUGGCUCCAGUUGAUGUCAACCAGUCUCAGUGUAAAAUGGUAAGAAAUGUCUCUUUUGCCCUCUUUUUGACUAUAAUUUGUAAGAAAUGUCUCUGUUGCCCUCUUUUUUACUAUAAUUUGUAAAUAUGGACCACUCACAAUUAUAAAAAAGUUUAAUAUGAGAAUAAAACGUACAAUUUUUAAGGGUCUUUGCCACUGACAAUGUAUGGUCCAACUUACUAUCAUUAAUUAUUCACUAUUGUUUCUGUGGCUCCCUGCUCCUGUUGAAUUACAGUCUCCUCCAGAUGGGACUGAAUAUUAAUAUCUAUUGGAUAUAAAUUUAUGGUGAUUCAGAAUGAAAUAUGCCAGGAUAUUGCAAAAUUUCUGCUUGAAAAAGAUCAACUGAAAAAGACAAAGAUUGAGGACUACAGUACUUACUGUGUGAAAAAGAAGCCUAUGCUGUCUGUGAUUAGUUUGCAUUAUACAAAUACUGUACAGUACUUGUUUUCCUUUUUUGUAGGUAACUCUUUGGGAAGAGACAGAAAUAAAGGAGGCCCAGUGGAAGCAACUCAAUGGAAAGAAAGGGAAUCUACGAGAGUUUACAAAUCUCCUAUUGAGAUUGUUGUAUUCAUCAGAGAGCCUUGCAUCCAGCUCCUUAACUGGAAAAAUCAGCAAUGCCUUUAAAACAAGCAAGGCAGCAAAACCAAAACUAAAGGAUGUAGACAAUGUCAUUUGUAAGUAACUAAGUAUUUACUGUAUAAUCGAAAAGAAGUUAAUAACUUUUCUUACUGACAGAUUUUCACUUUUUUGUAACUAUAUAUAUUUUUCUGUUGCCUUCACAGCAUUCAUAAUAAAGGAGACUGAUGCUGAUGAAAAGAAGGUGAAAGCAGCAGUCACUCAACUGCUCAAUACAGAGUCAAAAAGAACAAAUAACCAGUAG